AUGUCCGGAGCUGCCAGCAAGCCGGCGACGGCGGACGAUGCCCUCUCGCCGCAACGGUUCGAGCGUGAGCUCAAGGACCUCGCGGUCAAGGCCCGGAGCGACACGUGGGCAGGCCGCGCGCGCGAGCAGCUCGUCGUCUACCUGCGGGCGGCCGUCCUGCUGGCCCUGCUGGGCGUCUACUCCAAUGUCUCGCAGCUCAAUCUGUCGCCCGUCUACGGCGCCAUCCCGGCUUCGAUAUGGCACUCGAAGCUCCUCAUGACGGGCUGCUUCGUCGGCUGGGCCGGCAACGUCGCGCUGCGCCGAUUCCUCCCCGUGAGCGCCGCGCAGGCCCUGCCGCUCAUCGCCCUGUACACGCCAGCGCUGCAGUUCUUCCUCUUCCGCUACAGCGGCCAGCUCGGCGCGCAAUGGGGGCCCGUCGUCACCGAGGCGUUCACCCUGUUCCCCCUCGCGGCCUUCACCGCCGCCGCCGUGGCCGACGACCUCGAGGGCGCGCGCCUCACCAUGCUGCCGGGCUUCGUCGCCGAUGCGGCGCCUGGGCUCGGCUCCUGGGGCAUGCUCAAGCUGGUGGAGCAGCGCGCGGGCGAGCACCUGCGCUCGCAUAUGGGCAGCCUGGCCGCGUAUACGCGCGUCGGGCUGGAGCUCAUCCUGGGGGUGGUGUACGCCGCGUUCGCGCCGUCGCGGUUCCUCGUGUACGCGGCGCCGCCGCUGCUGCACACGCUGAUCGCGAACCCGCACGUCGCCUCCCCGGCCGCCAUGCAGGCGCUCGUCAGCAGCAUGAUGUCGGAGAACUGGCUGCUCAUCGAGCGCCGCGAGUCCGUGACCGGGUACGUCUCCGUCGUGCAGAACAUGCGCGAGGGGUUCCGCGCGCUGCGCUGCGACCACAGCCUCCUCGGGGGCAACUGGGUGCACUCGUCGGGCGGGGAGGUGUCGGAGCCGAUAUACGGCGUGUUUGCCAUGCUCGAGGCCGUGAGGCUGGCGGAGAGCGCCAAGCCUGUGGCCGACAAGGACGCCCAUGCGCUGGUCGUUGGCUUGGGUGUUGGCACCACACCCUCAGCCUUUGUCACUCACGGCAUCAACACGACCGUGGUGGAGAUUGACCGGGCCGUCUACGAGCUGGCCGCAAAGUACUUCCAGCUCAAGGAGAACAACCCGCCUGUCAUUGCCGAUGCGGUGAGCUACACGGCCGGUCUGGCUGCUUCGGCCCCCGAGACGUACGACUACAUCGUCCACGACGUCUUCACCGGCGGCGCAGAGCCCGUGGACUUGUUCACUCUCGAAUUCUUCCAGGGGCUGGGCGCUCUGCUCAAGCCCGACGGCAUCGUCGCCAUUAACUAUGCCGGCGACCUCAACCUGCCGACGCCAAAGCUCAUCUACCGCACAAUCAAGCACGUCUUCCCCACGUGUCGCAUCUUCCGCGAGUCGCCCGCCGAGGCCGAGGCGGCCAAGGGCAACGCCCCCGACUUCACCAACCUGGUCAUCUUUUGCAAGAAGACGAGCGGGCCGCUGCGGUUCCGCGCCCCGACUGUGCGCGACUACCUGCAGAGCCCGGCCAGGGAGGAGUUUCUGCACCUGAGGCACGAGGUGGCCCAAGACGCGCUGCUGUCUGGCGAGGAUACUUCAGUGCUGUCGCGGAACGACACGAGCGCCGUGGUCAAGUGGCACGACACGAGCGCGCUGGGUCACUGGGCCAUUAUGCGCAAGGCGCUGCCGGCCAUGGUGUGGGAGCAGUGGUGA